AUGUCGUAUGUCUUCAAUUUCUACGCUGGGCUACCUAACCAGGGAGAAGAUAAUCCGCUUCCAAAUCCGCCCCAGCAACGUGCAAUUCGAGCGAGAUCGGAGGGCGAUUCACCCCGCCGGCACCAUCCUCACAACCGAUCCCGCAGCAGACAAGAUCGCCGUGAACCAGGCCAAGAUCAGACUGCUGCAGUCAGGGGACCACGCGAUGUUCGUUCGUCCCCAAAACCGGGAACUUUACCACCCGGAGACUGGAACAUUUCAGCUGAGGCAGCUCCUUUUUCGGGGGUCUCCUCUUCAUCAUGUACAGCCUCCACCUCCACGGUCAGAGACGCCUCCUCCAAGCACAAAAUCGGCCCCUGCUGCCCGGGCUCCUCAACCUCAGCAUCGGCUGCCUCUGACGUUCCUCCCGGCAAUUGGUAUGGUGAAAAUGCACCACCACCACCGGGUCAAUGGGUACCUCGGCCUCCGGUGCAGUGGCAACCACAGCCUCCACAACACAGGGUACCAACUCCCGGUUUUCUUUCAUCUGCGGGACGACCCAUUUUGCAGUCUUCUCGGGCCCCCAAGGCGCCAGAGUCUACAACAGCUCUUCAGGGCCAAGAGCCUGGGAAGCAACAAGAAGCUUCCAAACAAGCCUCUGCACCACCUCAGGUUAAAGAACCGGGGAAAAGGCGAGUGGAUUCUUCGCAAGCUCCGGUGACCCCUCCUAAGUCACCACCCAAGGUGCCCAGAGGUACCCAAGGGAAACAGCCAGGCAAACCUGAGGAACCUGGCAAACCUUUUAACUUUGUCCCGCCUGUUCAAAAAACCGCGGACGAGAUGUUGGAUGAAGAGCUUCGAAAAUCGAAUGCUCAAUCGUCCAAUUUUGAACAAGAGUCGCGGGACCUGGAGCAGCCGUUUAUUGAUGCCUUUCAUGCCACAGGAACUGAGCUUCUUCAACAAAGUGGCAUGGCUGAGAGCUAUGAGACCUUUGAGUCCAAAGAUCCUCUCACACCUUUUCUUGCAUAUGUUCUAUUUGUGUUGCACUACCGCAACAAUCUUUUUCCAGACUCUUGGCUGAUUUUUAAGCAUACCGAGAUGCGAGAACUUCGCGAUCGGAAACGUGCUGCUGUUGCGUACUGCCGGCCUUGGUCGUCCAUCUCCAACAGUGAUGUUGAUGGCGUCUGCCUCGAGCUUCUAGCACUCUUUCAAGAAGCUCCGCCGCCUCAAUCCAUGAACAGCGGCAUUUUCCGUACGUUUGCAAAGGCUUUAAUUUCUGCCAGGAUUACAUUGGCCAAUCAUUUCAAGCCAACGGCCAAAAGCUAUCAAAUGCCUGGCUGCAACAGCAAGAUGUACCUCUUUGAGGUUCAGUCUUUUCCUGGACCUGAACCUGUGGGGCAAUCAAGCCUGGCAUGGGCCCACUGCUCUGAUGCACCGGGCUCCUGUGGAAUAUUAGCAGCUGGCCGAGUAAUCCGGACAGCAGCUUACACCCUUGGUCUCAGAGAGGAUCAAGAGUCCAUGUCUUUUUUCGGUCGGUGCCGCACGAACCCUUCGUGGACCGAAAAUUUCAUUGAAUGGGCUGCUAACCUCAAUUGGAGCACCAAGAAUUCCUCCGGCAUUGUGUUUGGCGGUUUUUUAAGUGGACAAUUUAUAAAAAGUCCAUCCGCCAACACCAUCCUUGAAAAUUCCAUGUGUCGGCUGCACCCAGCCGUGCACUCAAUCUCAAAGGAUAAGAGAUGGGCCAUCAGAGAGUCAGCUGCUCGCAUCGAUUUCAUCAUUGUGGUGGCAGAUCAAGACUCUGCUGAUUUUCCUGCUCCGGCGAUGAUGCCGAUGAUUGCUGACAGAAUCAGCCAGCGAAGCAUUCAGGAUACCGAAGCUUGGGGAGGAUGGUCCGGAUAG